GUCUCGAGUAACGAAGCCAGAAAAAAAGUAAAUUUAAAAAAGAAAGCGAGUAACCAAGAGAUAGAGAAUCUGGUGGGCUUUGAGCUGUGAUUUAGCUGUCCUUUUGAUGCAUUAUUUCAUCCCCACUCUCUCUCUCUUCUCACACUCAUAUACGCUCCUUCACGCCUCACACACACUUCCAAAAUCCCUCUCUCUCUCUCACAUUGCACAUUGCACAUUGCACAUUGCACAUUGCAGCCAUUCUUCUCAGAUCUAUAGCAACGUCCAAGGAAAUCAACUUUCUCUUAAAGCACACUUUUAAAGUCUUUGUGUGUUGAGGCGUUUGGUUUCCUCAGAUGCCUCAUGUGAGAUGAGGAAGAAAACCUACUCCGACUUGUCUCUCUUUUUUCUUCCUCUCUUGCUCAUUCUAGUUUCACACUCUCUCUGUGCCUCCGCAUUCUCGCACAAUGGACCUCUCACAGACUCCCAAGUGUCUUUCAUCAAGCAGCGUCAGCUUCUGUAUUACAAGGACUACUUCGGUGACAGAGGUGAAAAGGUAACCCUCGAUCCCUCCUUCGUCUUCGAAAACGACCGUUUGAGAAACGCUUAUAUAGCGUUACAGGCGUGGAAGGAAGCCAUUCUCUCCGAUCCCAAGAACCUCACGCAGGACUGGGUGGGACCCAAUGUCUGCAACUACUCCUACGUUUUCUGCGCUCCGGCGCCGGACAACCAUAAGAUCCGCACCGUCGCCGGAAUCGACCUCAACCACGGCGACAUUGCCGGAUACCUCCCGGAGGAGCUAAGUUUACUCACUGACCUCGCUCUUCUCCACAUCAACACUAACCGCUUCUGCGGCACUUUGCCGCACAAGUUCGACCGGCUGAAACUCCUCUUCGAGUUAGAUCUCAGCAACAACCGCUUCGCCGGGAAGUUCCCCGACGUGGUGCUGCGCUUGCCGCUGCUCAAGUUUCUAGAUCUGAGAUUCAACGAAUUCGAAGGUACGGUUCCCAAGGAGCUCUUCGACAAGGACCUGGACGCGAUUUUCAUCAAUGACAACCGCUUCGUCUUCGACUUACCGGAAAAUUUCGGAAACUCGCCGGUGUCGGUGAUUGUGCUGGCGAACAACCGCUUCCACGGAUGCGUGCCGGCGGGAAUCGGCAAGAUGAAGGGGCUGAACGAGAUUAUUUUGAUGAACAACGCGUUCAAGUCGUGCUUCCCUGCGGAGAUAGGGUUGCUGCAGAACUUGACGGUGUUCGAUGUGAGCUUCAACCAGUUGCUGGGGCCUUUGCCUGAUGCUAUUGGUGGUGCGGUGAGUUUGGAGCAGUUGAAUGUGGCGCAUAACUUACUUUCGGGGAAGAUUCCAGAGAGCAUUUGUAAGCUUCCGAAUCUGCAGAACUUUACUUACUCUUAUAACUUCUUCACUGGCGAGCCGCCAAGAUGUCUCGCUUUGCCGGCGUUUGAUGACCGCCGCAACUGCCUUCCGGCCAGGCCUGCCCAGCGCUCCGCUGGGCAAUGUAAGUCGUUUUUGUCGCACCCUGUCGAUUGUAAUUCGUUUAGGUGUAAGCCUUUUGUGCCUUCAUUGCCUCCUCCUCCUCCUCCCUCACCACCAUUGCCAUCGCCGCCUCCGCCGUCGCCUGUUUACAUUCCUCAUUCCCCUCCACCACCCCCACCGCCGGUGUAUUCGCCACCACCUCCACCACCAGUGUAUUCGCCGCCUCCACCGCCUCCAACGUAUUCGCCACCACCACCGCCACCGUCUCCUCCACCACCACCACCACCGGUUUAUUCCCCCCCUCCGCCACCACCGUCCCCGCCUCCUCCUUCACCACCACCACCAGUUUAUUCUCCACCUCCGCCACCACCUUCACCACCACCACCAUCACCUCCUCCGCCUUCACCUCCACCACCAGUCUAUUCACCACCUCCUCCACCACCUUCACCCCCCCCACCAUCGCCGCCGCCACCAUCACCACCACCACCCACGCCAACAUAUUGUGUAAGGUCUCCACCACCACCUUCACCGCCCCCGCCAUCACCUCCACCUCCACCACCUCCAGUAUUCUCCCCACCACCACCUGUGCAAUACUAUUAUAGCUCACCACCACCUCCACAACACUCUCCACCGCCACCUCCACCUCAUUCGCCACCGCCACCACCACAUUCACCACCACCACCACCACCAGUUUAUCCCUAUUUAUCACCGCCACCACCUCCUCCAGUUCACUCUCCUCCCCCACCAGUUUAUUCACCACCACCGCCACCCCCAUCUCCACCACCUUGUAUAGAGUCACCUCCUCCGCCACCACCUCCACCACCUUGUGAAGAGCAUUCACCACCACCACCAUCACCACACUCUGCACCUUACCAUCCGCCACCAUCACCAUCACCACCACCUCCCCCAAUUCAAUAUAAUUCACCACCACCACCAUCACCGCCACCUCCAACACCUGUUUAUCAUUACAAUUCACCGCCACCACCGUCAUCUCCACCACCUGCACCUGUAUAUGAAGGGCCUUUGCCACCCGUCAUCGGAGUCUCGUAUGCAUCUCCUCCUCCACCACCCUUUUAUUGAUUCUUUUGAGAACUUUUCUCCUCUAACCCUUCGCCUCUACCAUAGCAACGAAAAAAAACCAAAAACACCCAUUCAAGAUCAGUUCAUACUUUUGUUAUUAUUGGUGGCCAUUUCUUCCGUGCCCUCUUCUUCCUGUGCCAGCCAGGUCAAGUACGCGACACUCGUCGCAAAAUUAAUAAAACCUGAGAAAUCGAGAAGGGCUUGUGUAAGGCUGCACACGUUUUUUGUAAUAUGGGAUGAAAACUGAGAAGAGGUUGUUACAGUGGAUUGAGGUUAGAGGAGAAAGUCUCUCCAUAUUGAUUUGAAUUGUUAUGGAUAUUCAGAGUUGUGAAAUAAAAAUGGCUGCGAAAGAGUAGGUUGCAGAGAAAAUGUGUAUGUAUAGGGAUGGAUUUGGAGACCAUAAUUCAGGGUUGCAUAGACAGUAGUGACACUUUCUGUUGCUGCUGCAUGUUUGUGGAGUUUAUUGUUAUUGUCUCUCUUAUAUCAUACUUUUUUUUUUUUGCUUUAAUUUUGUUUCUUUAUAGUAUAAUUUAUGAACAUUUUACAUGUAUUGAUUUUCUGAAUUGAGGUAAUUCCUUUCUCGUAUCAGUGUCUCAAAAAUGUUACUCUGCUAUGAGAAUGUUGUGUGUGCUUUUGCUUCACUUACCAAAUCUAUCUGCAUUUAA